AUGGAUGACGCCGCAAUGAAGGAAAAGCAAGACCUGCUGGAUGAUGCCGAGUCAUGCAAAAAGAAAAUGUCCAAUGCUGUGGCACUUAUAGAUGGACUUGGUGGAGAAAAGAUUCGCUGGACAGAGAGCAGUGCUCAGUUUGAGAGGCAAAUCAAAGAUAUGGUUGGUGACGUGUUACUUGCCACUGGAUUUCUGUCCUACUCUGGACCUUUCAACCAAGAGUAUAGAACUCUUCUCAUGCAACAGUGGAAGAAAGAGAUGGACAGCAGGCACAUUCCUUACAGCGAGUUGUCAUGA